AAAUGGACCCCACAAGAUUGCACUUUUCUCUUACCCUUUUCUCUCUGACGAUAUUUUCUUCUGAACAAAGAAUCCCUAAACACCCUUUCUCUCUAAUCCCUAAUUUUUCUCCUAUCUUUCUCUUACAAUUUGAUUUCCUUCCCAUCAUAACCCCUUUUUUGCUCCGAAUUUCUCGGUUUUUUGUUUAAACCAAUUUCCUCCAUCGAUUUUGAUAAAUUUUUUUAAUACUACAAACUAUAAGCAAGAUCAAGUAUGAAUUUUAUGUUUUUCUGAUACCCAGUUGGGAAAAGUUUAGAUUUUGUGAAUUAGUUGUGUUAAUUAGUGAUUAGUAUAGUUCUGUGUAUAUGCUAUAAUCACUUUUUAUUUUUUGGAGUUCAGGAUUAUAAACUGAUUCUGUUCUUUGAGUGUAAUUAUUGAUUUGGUUGAUCCAUAGCUGUAUUAGGAAGGUUAAGGAUGAAGAGAGGGAAUGAUGAUGAGAAAGUGAUGGGGCCGUUAUUCCCUAGGUUACAUGUUGGUGAUACAGAGAAGGGAGGGCCAAGAGCACCUCCUAGGAAUAAAAUGGCUCUCUAUGAGCAAUUUAGUAUUCCAUCUCAAAGGUUCAACUUGCCACCCCACCACCCAAAUACUUCUAUCAAUACAGUUCCCCCUUCGUCUUCGAGCCAGGGGGCUGUCCAUGAGAGAAAUUAUGUCUUCCCUGGUCAUUUAACUCCUGAAACACUUACUCGUCAAUCAGAAGGGAAAAAUUUGAAUGCUUCUCUGUCACAACUUGAACAGAGAAAGAAGAUUGAUGAGGAUGACUUUAGGGUUCCUGUAUAUAUUCGCUCAAAGAUUGGUCAAUCUAAUGAUAAAAGUCACGAGAGUUUUGAUGGGAAAAAUCUCACUUCUGCAGGCUCUAGGAAUUUUGGUUUUUUCAAAGCAGGGAGAAUUAAUCGGGAAAGGGAUCUAAAUAAUCCGCGGACAGACGUGAGAAAUGAGAUUGAUGGUCCUCCGCAAGUAAGUCCAAAUAAGGAGCAGCCAUUUACUUCUGCCAGAGAUACAUCAAAUGGAGAAAGUAGUAACACCUCAGUAAGACAAGCUAAGGUGAUUCAAAAUCAAGAGUUUCAAGAUCGUGCUGUGUUCAAACUUAGCAGCUCACGUCAAGGUGAUGGGUGCUUACAUCAAGACUGUCGAGCUGAGUCUCAAUCCAAUGGAACUGGACAACGUGAUGCUUCCGUUGAAUCUACAAGGGAGAUAGGCAAGAGUAAUGACCCUAUAGCAAACCAAACUAGUCCAACCGAGGCUAUCAAUGGCACUGAAUAUCAUGAUACUGGGACUGGCAGUCCUAUACAUAGUGGAAAUUUAAACAAAAAUGACAACAUUUCAAAGAUCUCCAGGGUAGAAGAUCUGUCAACCCUGAAAAUUUCUCCUGAUGAUGUUGUUGCAAUAAUAGGUCAAAAACAAUUCUGGAAAGCCAGAAAAGCAAUUGCCAAUCAACAGAGAGUGUUUGCAGUCCAAGUGUUUGAGUUGCAUAGACUGAUAAAGGUCCAACAACUGAUUGCUGGAUCACCAGAUCUAUUGUUUGAAGAUGGUGCUUUUCUGGGAAAGUCUCUUCCGGAUGGAUCUACUCCUAAAAAACUCGCACUGGAAUAUGUUGUAAAACCUCGGCUGCAAAAUCUUAAGCGCAAAGUUGAUUCUGAAAACGUAAAUCAAAACAUGGAAUGUUCUGCAGAGAAUGCUGUUGGUAAAACAUCUAUUUCGUCAGUGAAAAAUGGGAGCCACCUUUCUAGUUCCACACCUUUUGCUGGAAAUCCACACCAUGGAAAUAUGGCUGCUGAAAAUGGCAUGGGUCCCUGGGGUUUCAAUCAGUCACCUGGGCAUCAGUGGUUAAUUCCUGUGAUGUCACCUUCUGAAGGGCUAGUCUAUAAGCCAUAUCCUGGGCCUGGAUUUACAGGAACAAAUUAUGGAGGAUCUGGGCCCUUUGGGGCUCCUCCUUCGUGUGGUACUUUCAUGAAUCCUUCCUAUGGAAUGCCACCUCCACCAGAGACUCCUCCAGGUAGCCAUGCUUACUAUCCUCCCUAUGGCAGCAUGCCAUUUAUGAAAGCAGCAGCUUCAGAGUCAGUUGUCGAACAUGUGAACCAGUUCUCUGCACGCGUGCAAAGUCGUCAUUUAUCUGAAGGGGAAGCCGAUUGUAACAAACAUAAUCAAAGCUCAUGCAAUUUACCAGUUCAGAGAAAUGGAGCAACAACGCACGUUAUGCAUCAUCAGAGAUCCAAGGAGUUUGAGUUGCAGAUGAGUACAGCAAGUAGUCCUAGUGAAAUGACACAAGGAAUGAGCACAGGACAAGUUGCUGAAGAAAGAGAUGCACUUCCUCUUUUCCCUAUGGUUCCAGUUGAACCAGAGGGAGUAGCUCAGUCUAUUGAAACAGGACAACAAACCCGAGUUAUCAAAGUGGUGCCUCAUAACCGAAGAUCGGCAACUGAAUCUGCAGCUAGAAUUUUCCAAUCAAUUCAAGAAGAGAGAAAACAAUAUGACACACUCUAGUGCUGUUUAUUCUCAUGGAGGAUCCAUUCAAGUGUAAGGUGUCUAGUUCCUGUACUUUCUGCACGUGUGGCAUCGUGUAAAGGUAUAUUAUAUUAUAUAUAUUUUUUGUUUUGACCUUCUUAUUUUCAGCACAGUGGUAUGUAGAUAUGUCUGGCAUAUCAAAAUUGGUCAAAACAUGAUCUAUUGUACGUUAUCCUCUUAAGUACUUGUACGUUUCUCACAGGAAUCGAAUCACAGGAAAAAGUUAGUAGUUCUCAGCUCCGCUCCCUUUGCUUGGGAGGAGGUUUUUGAUCCUAUGUACUACUUGGCUUUAAAAUUGGUGAUUGUCAGUGUUGGGUUUUAUUCUAGUUCUAUUUUUGUUAUUUAAUGUAUGACAAAUUCUAUCUUAAACAAUUUCGUAGCUUGUGAGGGGGUGUUAAAGUCUUACAAGGAAGAGGCAUUGUUAGUUAUUGGUCGAGUCAGGAACUUGUGACCAACAAUUAGUUAUCAUCAUUAUUAUUUAUAAUUAUAA